AGAGAGAGAAGUAGUGUCACUUUAGAGCUUCGCAAAGAGUUUAGGUUUCGAUUUUGGAAGGGCGAAGGUGGAAGCGAUGCAUGCGAACGGAGGAGUUUGUUGAGGAAUGAGAGUAAAGGUUCUUUGAAGAUGAACAGUGCACACACGGUGGCUGUUUCACCGGACUUUCGUUUUAGCAUAUACAAG